UUUAAUGGCACACUUCCACCAAAACUGAUUUGUUUUAUUGAUUCUGAUAUUCCACCUCUCUCUCUUCCUGCCUUUUUAUCAUUACCUUUCUUUUGUUUGUUUUUAUUAUAUAGUGAAUUCGAUGUGCCCAGCCUACACUUUCCCGGACAGGUGCACAAGUGGCGAUUGUCGCAGCUGCUGCAGAAGGGCACAUUGCGCGCGCAUGACUCCUUUCUUAGCGAUUUGGCGUUGGCUGCACGUUUUAUUGUUGUAACGGCGCGCGCGCGCAUUUUCGGGCACUUCUUUUCCGUGGUUCAUGCUGCGCAAGCGCUACUGGAUGGCGUCAUCAAGCUGAUCGACAUGUUUAUCGGCGUGCCAGCUUUACUCGCCCAUAACUUAGAUUAUAAAAUCAAAGAGGAACGUUGUCGUUUUCUAAUUGCCGAGCUGGUUUGUCGCCCCGAGUUUGAGGAUUGCCUGGACGGGCUUUGUUCGUACGUGCGCAAAAUGCUGCGACGCGCCACAAUGGAGAAAUUCGAUUUCAAUAGCUGUGAGGUGACACAACCAGUGCCAUAUCUCUUUCUUACGCCCAAGGGACAAGAGAUUGAUUUGCGUCUAUUCUGCCGUGAUAUUAUGCGCAAAGCGCUGCCCGUGCUCAUCGGCAUAUUGGAGCGGGAGACGCGCGGCUGGUUCCUGCACUUUCGUGAGCGGCUCAUUGCAGAGCUGCGCGCAAAGAAGCUAAGCGACAAGGAAAUCGAGGAGGAAGUAAACGAGGCUGUAAUGAAGGAGUAUCUGCAACGUGUCUAUUCCUCCAUACUAUCCAAUCCGAAAUUGGCGGAGUUGGGCGAUGGCAUUCCCGAACUGCUAGUACAGCAGGCUCAAUCCGUUGUAAUUAUGUACAAAGCGGUAGACAAAGUGCAGAAGGAUAUUAAGCGCACGCGUGAAGAUCACCAGAAAUGUCUUUCCAAUGAUCAUUCGGUUUUGUCGCGUGUUGCGCCUUGGCUGCGCUCGAAAUUGCGCGUAGCCGAGGAGAGUAAGCUCAGCAAGUCGGCAUGGUCGGCACACGAGGAGGCGCUGAAGAUGAGCACUAAGCACAAUUUACAUCAAACUGCCUACUUUCUUAGUCGCGACUUGGCUUUCAUGAAGGAGCGCGAACCAGUCUUACUGAAGGAGCUGAAGAAUGCGAAAACGCCGACUCGCAGCUUUCAGUGGGCUUGUCGUAUUUGGUCGCCCAGCGCUUGGAUUAUAAGACGCAACUUUCAGGGUCAAUCAGAUGUGAUACCAACGGUAAUCAGCCAGCAGGCCACCUCGAUUGUAACGCCACGAUCUGAUCCCAGUCAGCCAGUGUUCUUGGUAGAAAAAGAGAUCAUACGCACAACCAGCACCCGCUGGCCGCUGUGGCGUUUGCUGAAUUUGCUGCAACGCACCUGGUGUUGGACAUGGAAUAUGAUGUUCCUGCUCGGCAUACUGGUGCCUUGGUGCAGUCCAUUGGGAUUGCGUGCGCUAUUCUGUGUGAAGCCGUUCAUGCCGGAUCUGGAGCUGUCGCAGAUCAAUGGCACGCUCUUUCCGCGCAAGACCAGCAUCACACAGACGAUGGCCUCACGUUUGAUUGAACUCUGGCGACACAUAUCAAAAUCACGUACACACUUCGAAACGGAACCGGAUACUGGCUUCAUCGGCAAAGGCUUGACGCGCAACUUAAAUCGGAUUUGGAAUUAUUUCGUUAAGGGCUUUCUCGGCACGCUAAUCAUACUCUUCGCAUUCCCGUUGAUUUGUUUGGCAACCAGCUUUCUCAGUAUUGCAUUGGCGCUGACCGCGCCGCUUUGGAUUCCUAUAUUUACUGUGCUCUUGCACCUCUACAUGAUACUCAUCUACGAUCUAGAUUGUCCAGAUAAUACGCGCAAUCGUUAUUGUAUUCUCCUUGAGGCUGUUAUUUGGAAUAUUAUAAUACAAGGUCUUAUACAACCGGUGACUGCCGUUUUGGUCGCCACCUGUCUCUGUCCGCUAGCAUCGGGAGUAGUUCUAGUUGUUGGCGUUGUACGCUAUUCGCUGCGGCUACUCUGGGAUUCCCUAACGUUUCACUUAUUCAUAAAAAAAUGUGGGCGUGUGCCUGCCUCCGAUAGUCUUGCUGUCAAGCGCAUUGCGGGGCCUGGUCUAGCGCUUGAUUACUAUUUUAUAAUUAAACCCGAACAAGCGUUGGCUGCAUUUGAGGCGAAAAUGGAAUUGGAUGAGCUGCAGGCAUAUCAGCACGCUAUGGAGCGAAUCAUACUGCAGCCGCAAAAGGAUUUCAGUCAAUUUGUAGAAGCUUGUUUUGGUCCAUUCUCAGCGCAGUUGGCGAAGACAGGGCCGUAUAUGGCAUUGGAUCGUGAGGCGCAUGAUCUAAUGAGCACAUUGCAUGAAAAAUUAGAAAAGCGCAGACGGGAACUGCAAACCUCGCUGACGACACAAGUGAAGACUCGCAUAAAAUUGAAUACCAAGGAACUUAAGAUCGCCAUACAACUGGCCGCCCAUAUUUUAGAGAAAUGCUAUCCAUCGCAUGUUAUUGCAAGGCUGUCCAUUAGCGAGGAGGACUUUUGGGACAACAAAGGUCUCAGUGUAAACGACUGGCCCGGUCUUGCCGGUCUUAUGUAUACCGAGAUAUUUAGCUUAGAUUUUCUAACGCCAUUGACUGAAAACGAUACACAUUUUAAACUAGAACCGCAUCCCUCGCUCGACUUAACACGUUACACAGAAAUGGUACAAAACGCUACCGAUGUGAUAGGUUCCAAAGGACUGGAUUUACUGGGUAACGUGUAUGCGCCGCGUGGUAAUGUGCAAGUACAUUUACCAUUCCUCGAAGUGACGGCCUUCAAUCCACGUUCAAGGAUCACGCUGACUUUUCGAAAGCCAGAGAAGCGAGAUAUGUCUGUUGGCUUGACGACGCCGCGUGUGCGCGCCCACCGCUCGCAACACACGAAAACGCCCGAACCAUUGAAGCCUUGGCGCCCUUGGAAAAAGAAAUCGGAUGAGAAGAGCGUCACGGAAAAACUGCUUAUACCUUUGCCUGUGCCGCAUCCAGUGCAUAUUGCAAUUGCCAUACAUAAUCGUGACACCGAAAACCCUAUACCACUGGACUCAGAGCUCGUAUGGGAAAUCCUCAAAUCGAUUGAAGAUUGUCAGGGUGGUGAUGUGAUGGCCGUGCAAUCAGUUGCGCGCUAUCGUGGCGCUGUGACUGAAUCGAGCAAUGACUCCCUGGCCACCAGCAGUAGCAUUGGCAGCACACGGGAUUCCGGUUCCGGUUCGGGCAUCGUAGGCAAUGGCACCGAAACCUUGCCAUGCGUCAAUCGCGAGGUUUGCACGCAGGUGAAGGUGGCGGAGGAGCCAGUACAAUCGUCUGGCUUCCAUUGGACACUCAGUAACUGGGGUGCAGCGCAAACGGCGCGUCGGCGCACCAACUCAAAUGUGCGCGUUGAUUUGGCGAGUCCCGAAGAUAUUUCACUAGACACCGAUAGUUCGCGCGCCGUCUUCAAUCCCUACGGUACAACAGUUUAGAUAGAUGGCCAGUGAUACGAAUACCUAUGUAUGUGAACAGCUAUAAAAUGAUAAUGUCAUAUUUUAAUUUACAUAUAAAUUGAAAUUAUGUUUUAUAAGAAGUGAACAAAUUUGGAAUUGCUGUUCGACGAAGUGGCAGCAUAAAGUUGGUCAAACAACGAUUGGUAGCAAAGGCAUGUAAUGACGUGCAUAUGCGUAUUCUAAAAGCAUCAGCACAUACAUACAUACAUUCA